AUGGGAGAAGUCGCUCGGGCCAAGGCACCCAAGAAGAAAGCGAAAUCUAAAAAAAAUAGAGGAGUCGGAGAGAUGAUUGUGAAGGCUGUAUCUGCCUCCAACGAACGGAGCGGCGUGUCUCUAUACACUCUGAAGCAAGUGCUGGCAGCCGACGGCUACAACGUGGAGAAGAACAAUUACCGGAUAAUUCUAUCGAUUAGGACUUUGGUGACCAAAGGGACUCUGGUUCGGAUCAGGGGAGUCGGCGCCUCUGGCUCCUUCAAGCUAAACGAUCAGACCAAAACAGCCAAGAAGCCCGCUAAGGUAGCUGCUCCUACGGCCAAGCAGCCAGAAGCAAAGAAAUCCGAGGCGGCGAAGAAGGCCACCAAGAGCCCAAAGAGAGCAGAGGCAGCCAAGCCUAAAGUCGCUAAACCCGAGGCCACCAAAGCCAAAAAAGCCGCUCCCAAGAAGAAGUGA